AUGCCUGAGCAUCUGACAUCGACACAAAGCCUGGCAACAGUUGGGCUGGAGAAUUUGUCUCCACAGCACUUCAAGGUUCUACAACAGGCUUUCUGGACAAUCCUUUCCACUGAUCUGGCCACAGAGACAUUUGCCCAAGUUGUUGACGGCCGUCCCAUCAAUGCAGCUUUGGAAGCUGUUGAGUCUUGCUGUCGAAAUCUAAAUCUUGGUAAUACUCAAAUUAGUGCAAAGCUUGCGCAAGCAUUCCAAAACACUAACCCUGGAUCAAGAGAAUUCCACUUGCGCCUGAUUGAGAUUCUUGCUGUCCUCUGCCAUGGCAUUGCUGUCCACUUGUACCAGGCUUAUGAUGGAGGCUUUCAUAAGCCAGAGCCCCCCGACUCCAUCAUAUGGCAUGAUGAACUCUUCCCCAACAUGCCGCCACCACCACCCCGUAAAGCUUUGCCAGCGGAGCUUUACCAUUCUUCUUACGGUUUCUGGCAACAAUAUCCUAACGGAAUUGCUGAUAUUGUCGGUUACUGGGUGGAGUACCGUCUGUUUGGUGGGGUUGUUCUGUUUGAUCGUGGGGAGACAGGGUUUGAAUGUAAGGAUAUCUUCAUUCACCUUGUGGGCAGGUACAUGAUCUUCCAACUCUCAGAAGCUCAGAUACACGCAUACAUCAGCUUCCUGCAGGGCGGGCAGCAGCCUCCAGGUGGCAUUCGCUUCAAGGCUGAAGAAUACGCACAUCGUGUUGAUGAAAACUAUGCCAUGGACAUGAACAUUUACCGCGACAGGUAUGAACGGAUUAUACCUGAGAGACGGGCCCGCUGUGUUAUCCGCGGUGAGGACCUCCCAGGAUAUGCGCAGGCUAUGGAAGAUUGGGCAAGGCGAACUGGAAAUGGUUAG